GGGAUGAAGGCAGAAAUCCUCUUCCCAGGGUUGCUGGUGGUCCUCAUCCUGUUCCAGGCACAUGUAUCUUCUUCCUAUGAUCUGUCCAAGGAGCUGUCAGAUGCAUCCCUCCUGAGCAGCGUGUCUGAAGCCAAGCAGAUCGUGGAUUCAGCCUACAAGGACACACGCGACCGCAUAAAGAAGAGCCUGGAGAAUGACGUCUUGACCCCCGUAGAGCUUCUGAGAUAUUUCAAACAGCCAGUGGCAGGGACUCGGGCUGCCGUGCGGGCUGCAGAUUACAUGGAAACCACCCUGACCCUUCUCAAGGAGAAGCUACGCUGGGCCGUGAAGGGGGACUUCAAUGUCACAGAUGUGCUCACACCAGCUCAGCUGGGGAUGAUUUUCAAAGCAAGCGGAUGUGACCAGCAGAAUGAGGAAAUAAACUGUGAAUCUUCUGGCCGCUACCGAACGAUCACUGGCAAGUGCAACAACAGGAAAAACCCAUUACUAGGAGCUUCAAACAGAGCCCUGGCCAGAUGGUUGCCAGCAGACUAUGAAGAUGGUGUGUCCGUUCCCCAUGGGUGGACAGAAAAAAAGCGUUCCUCUGGAUUCCCCUUUCCACUGGUUCGAAAGGUGUCAAAUGAGAUCGUCCGUUUCCCCCCUGGGCAGCUCAAGCUGGACCAGCAGCGAUCACUCAUGUUCAUGCAGUGGGGUCAGUUUAUUGACCAUGACCUUGAUUUCAGUCCUGAAACCCCAGCCAGAGUCACCUUCAGUGGCAAAGUGGAUUGUCACACCAGCUGUGCCAAGCAGCCCCCCUGCUUUCCCAUCAAGAUCCCACCCAAUGACCCACGAGUUAAAAACACCAGAGAUUGCCUCCCAUUCAUUCGCUCAGCUCCUGCUUGUGACGGUGGCAAAGCAAUUCGAGAACAGAUCAACGCGCUCACCUCCUUUCUUGAUGGCAGUGUGGUGUAUGGCAGUGAGGUGCCUUUGGCCAACAAGCUGAGGGAUCGGACCAACCAGCUGGGCUUGCUGUCUGUUAAUCGGAAUUUCACUGACAGGGGCAUGGCGUAUAUGCCCUUUGACUAUAUGUCAAAGGACCCCUGUCUCAUGGUCAGCAAGGGAGCUAAAAUUCCAUGCUUUCUUGCAGGUGACUCUCGAGCAAAUGAGAUGCUGGAGCUGGCGUGCAUGCACACGCUUUUUGUGCGGGAGCACAACCGCCUGGCUAGAGGACUGAAGAGAUUAAAUCCACACUGGAAUGGAGAGAAGCUCUACCAGGAGGCACGGAAGAUUGUGGGUGCCAUGAUCCAGAUUAUAACCUACAGGGACUACCUGCCUCUUUUGCUGGGAACAAGUUUACAGAAAUGGAUUCCUUGCUACCAAGGCUACAACGAGGCUGUGGAUCCUCGCAUAUCCAAUGUCUUCACUCUGGCUUUCCGUUUCGCUCAUGCUUCAAUUCCCCCAUCUGUGGGCCGAUUAAACCAAAAUUAUAAGCCCAUAAAUCCCAAACUGCAACUCAGCAAAACCUUUUUUGGUGUCUGGAGGAUUGUGAAAGAAGGCGGUAUCGAUCCCUUCCUGCGGAACCUGAUGGCCAGUAAGGCCAAGCUGAUGACACAGAAACAAAUGGUUGUGGAUGAACUCCGGGAUCGGCUCUUUGAACAGGUUGAAAGGAUUGGGUUUGAUUUGCCUGCACUUAACAUGCAGCGUUGCAGAGAUCAUGGCCUUCCAGGUUAUAUCUCCUGGAGACAAUUCUGUAGGCUCUCAAAACCUCGUGGUUUGAAGUCACUUGCUCGAGUAUUGAAGAAUCACAGUCUGGCAAAGAAAUUCAUGCAGCUGUAUGGGACACCAAAGAAUAUUGACAUUUGGAUUGGGGCGCUUGCAGAGCCCUUUGUGAAAGGUGGAAGAGUUGGUCCUCUCAUGGCUUGUCUAAUUGGCACCCAGUUCAGGAAGAUACGUGAUGGGGACAGGUUUUGGUGGGAGAAUAAAGGAGUUUUCACUCCUCGGCAGCGCAGUUCACUGGCUAAAAUCUCCUUGUCGCGAAUAAUAUGUGAUAACACCCACAUCUCUAAAGUGUCAAGAAAUAUCUUCCAGGCCAACAGCUAUCCUCACUCCUUUGUGAGCUGCAACCAGAUCCCAAAGCUGGACCUCAGAGCCUGGAAGUCAAAGAAGAUGGAGGAAAGUACAGAGUAAGGUAUAAACCUGAAGCAGCAGACAGUUCCUGCUUGAAAGCAGGUGAUAUAACUGGGCUAAGCUCAGGUUUUAGAGGUCUUUAAGUGUUUAAGCAAUGCAGUCUGCAUUACACAGAAAACUAGCUUACCAAAAUACUCCUGAGACUACCAUGAAAUGGCUGUUGACAUAUUAGGGCAGUC